AGGACGGUGAACUUCAUUUAGCGUCGGAGUUUUAUAUCUUUGUAAAUGGCAAAAGGAAGAUAUCCAUUCCGAAGGACUGUGGAGUUUUUAUCUAGUGGUAAAGUUGUACUAAAACCUAAUGUAAAAGCUGUCGAGAUAUCUUACUCGCAUCGAGAGAACAGUAAAGGAGUUAGGAAUUUUAUAUUUAAAGAUGUUCCCCAGUUGCAAUACAAAAAUCCUGAUGUUCAGUUUGUAAUAAGCAAAGGUGCUGCUGUUAGUUCACCCAACAUCAACAUAUUUCUUGGUAAAAAUGAGAAAAUCAAUAUAGAUGUUGAUAGCUCUAAAGCAAGUGAAAUCUUUUCAAUGUUUCAACAUGUUGCUGCUGCUUCCGAAAGUGAGAUGAGAGAAAUAGUUGGAAAACAACCAAAAUACCCAGCAAGAUUAAACAAAAGUAAUUUUGGAAGGUUUGGACAUUGUUAUUGUAUUUGUGAGAAACCUGGUCAAGUUGGGUGUCCAUCAAAGACUGCUUUACCAGGUGCUAAUAAACCAAAAUGGUGGCAGGUAAAGAGUGAAGAGAGUUCUUAAUGAAUAAAUGGAGAUAAAUACAGCAGACAUCUUUUAAAGCCCCUAUAGAAUGUCUAUAUGAUAGAUGCAUGUUGGUAUUUAUAUACACAAUAAUACUUUGAUAUGUUCAAAAUCAAUUUUUCAUUCCAUGCAAAUUCAGAAGUUGGAUAUGAAUAAGAAUUUUGUUUACAUUUA